GAGAGAGGGGAAGUCGCUGAUGUGAAAUCCACAUCGAGCAAAUACCUACCGAGGAGCAGAGACGAGAAGGAAUACCUUUAAUUUGCUUUUCUUUUUUUACUCCUUUCGAAAAACAGACACUUUGGAUCAUUUGUUGAAAACCAUCAAAAGGAGGGUUGAAAGACAAAACAGUCAUCUGCACAGUUUGUUUUCCCCCCUUUUACCUUUUUCCCUGGAGAGAGACGGACUUCUAAGUGCAUCAUUAUGUUGAACAAUAUGGAUUUGAAUGCGAAAGAUUCUUUUUACCCUCAGUUUGAGAAUUGCAACAGUUCUUCACUGGGGAUGGAAAACAGCGCGCGGAAGGACAACCAGGAGGUGUUCGUCGAUGCAGAGCGGGGGGUACCUGCCCAGUUUGGCCACGAAGGAACCCCCGCAACCCUCAAAACCGAAGCCUCCAACUCGGAAUUUGCUUUUAACCCCUGCGAGUGCCCAAAAGACGCCUACACCCCCUCCUCGCUCGCCUACUCCGGCAGUUUCUAUGUUGAGGCAUCUCAGGGAGCGCCGUGCAGCACCGAAACACUUCUCAAUAUGAUCACCGAGAUCGUGGGCAUCUCCACACUGCCACUUUCAGAAGUGCAACAGAGCGGCAACAGCCGGGGAACUUAUCCAUCGCCUGCGCCGUUGGACAGCAGCAAUGGCAAUUUUGGAGACCCCGGCGUCAAGCGGCAACCGUACACCUGCUCCGGACCUACUCCUCCGGUCUACUCUCCGGAUCAGACGUGCCCGAGGUACACCGAUGACCAGGCCGGCAGUCAGGCCCAAGACCCGUCCACUUCCCAGCUCAGCUUCGGCUCCUCCCGAGCUCCAAGCCAGAAGAAGGCCGAGCCGAAGUCAGAGGCCGCUUCGUUCCCCGUCGUGGUCAAGAACGAGUUCGAGAGCAGCUGCUACGAGUGGGGAACGUUUACCAAAUCUGAGUGUUUGGAGACGAGUUUCCAGUCGGAGACCUUCCCGAUGUCGAGUGAUUUCCCACCUGACCAGCAAAUGGAUGUAAAGGAACUUUUAGACACGUUCCCCCCAAUCUGUCCCAACCCAGAGAUGGAGUUUAAGGUGGAGGGGGGGAUCAAACAGGAACCGUGCUUCUCUGACACCUGCUCUCAGAGCUACUCCAACCCCCUGUACAACAAUUACCUCCCCCCACCGCCGAUGGGCCUCUCCUCCAACCUGAAGCCCUUCCCGGAGCCUCCACAGCCAUCUAAUAAUCAAUGUGACUCCUUAUACGCGUCGCCAGCUUUACCCAGCACCAUAGACUCCAUCCUGUACUCUUCACUGUUGCCAGAUUCUUUCGCCCAAAGUUACACCACCCGUGCGACGAAGCCCCCCAGGGCCAGAAAGAGCCCCGCCGCCUCUCACGGCCCCGCCAAAGAGAAACCCUUCACCUGCCCCAUGGAGAGCUGCGACCGGCGCUUCUCCCGCUCGGACGAGCUCAACCGGCACAUCCGCAUCCACACGGGCCACAAACCCUUCCAGUGCCGCAUCUGUUUGCGCAGUUUCAGCCGUAGCGAUCACCUCACCACCCACACCAGGACUCACACCGGGGAGAAGCCGUUCUCCUGCGACGUGUGCGGCAAACGGUUCGCCCGCAGCGACGAGAGAAAACGGCACGGACGCGUACAUCUGAAACAGAAGGAGAAAAUGGAAAUUAAGCCACAGGUGACCACCGGCGCAUGGCCAUUCACUCUUCCCGAGGGAAUUUGAAGACAAAGCGGUGUGUCCAGACAAAUAUACAUAUAUAUAUACAUAGAUAUAUAUUAGGAUCUUUCCGUCUUGGAAGAUAUAAGCCAGCUGACUAACAAGUUGAUGUCCGAGUUGGUUUCACUGGCGAGCCAAUGCAGGAGGCUUUGCGCAUAUUAGAGUUUUUUGAGGAGCAGAGAGGAAAGAGGGAGGGAAUAAAAAGGACUGCUUCGGCCUUACUGCCUGCUGCUGAUGCUGCUGACUUUAUGCAAAAAGAUGCAUAAGUUGUAAAAGUCGGUAAACAGAUCAACAGUGACUUGUUGCUGUUGCUGUGAGCGGAGCUGAACCUCUCUGCUCUGCAUUGCAUGACUGCUGUUCAGCACCUCCACACCUGGACAGCUCCACCAACCUCCACUCGCCUCUGAGCAUGGAUGGAUUGCACUUACAGAUUAUUAAUAUCUCCAUUUAAGAUUCUUAUUUUCUGCUUUAGCAUUCUUAGAGCAAUGGUUUGGACUAUGUUUCUUAGAAAUGCAUGUUUAUGUCAGUGUUUUUAUUUUUUAUUUUUUUAUUUUUCCUUUAUCCGGAAUAUCAACCACUGUCAAAGUACUCCUUCACUUCUGAGUGAGGGCUGUUGACAUGAAUGUAGGCUACAACACACAUUUAUGGCUUCAACCAUAAAGCUGUCCAUCUUUGAUCAAAUUUAGUGUUUGUUUAUCUUCUUAUCAUUUUGCCGUCAGUGUUUUUUGUCAUUGGUCUUUGUGUUGUGUUACAAUUGUUUGGAUUAUUACAGUUGUGAAAGAUAUAUCAUAAAUGGGAAAUAAAUAUAUUUGUAUUACUGUACUUCUUUGUAUUUUUAUAGCCAACUGUAUAUUUUACAAUUAUCAUAUUUGAGCGUCCUUUCUAAGGUGAAAUGUAUUCUAAAAUCAUAAAUAAUGUCUUGGUUUUUUUCGAGGGCUAUCGUUUAGUAACACAAUAUUUUAAAUGUUACAAUUUGAUAUCGGAAACAUUUUCGCACUUCAUCCCAUUGUUGGUAUGAUAAGAGUUGCUCCGUUGAAUUGUUGAUCUAGAUUUAAAAGGGAAUGUACACUAGUUGUGGUACAGCUUUUCAAACACAAAUGAUUUUACAGUAUGUACAGACGUAUGUUCAAUCCAGCUAGGAAUCACUAGCAACUCAUAUAAACAUUGCUUUUAAGUAAUCAGGUAGCACACAUUGCUGCGAGUUUCUGUAGACUUUACCUUGGUGAUGAGAGGAUUUUGACUCCUAGUAUCUUUUUGCUGGAGAUACUGUAUGCUGAAAUGUUCACUUUAGCAAAAAAAAAAAAAAAAUUGAAAAAAAAUGUAAUUAAAAAAGGAAUAAAAAAACGUUGAGAGUUUGGUGAAACUGUCACCAACAGGGUACUGCAAAAAAGUAAUUUAACUCGCCUUAAGUUAUAUUAACUGUUCUAGUAAAGAUUUUGUACAUACACAGUUUCUACAAUACUUUAAAUUAAUAUUGAUGUUGUUAUUUUUAUGAAAAGUUUAUGAACAAAAUAAACAUUUUCUGGAACAGCAAA